AUCAUAGUGAGCUAUUUGAUUGUAUAUGUACGUUGAAUCCACAACUAAGUCGUUAUCGUUGGCCUUGUAGCCAACCAGCCAGUGUAGUGAUCAAAAACGAUUAUAACGUUGAAGAGUGUUGUUGUGUUUAUCGAUAAAAAAUGGUGCUAACGUUAUACAAGAUGGACGCCAGUCCCCCCGCGCGGGCCGCCAUGAUGGUCCUCGACCUUCUGAAUCUACCCGCGGAAUAUAUUGAUGUGAAUCUUCUAGAAAAGGAACAUUUAUCGGACGAGUAUUUGAAAAUGAAUCCACAACAUACAAUACCAGUUUUGAAAGACGACGAUUUUGUCUUGGCGGACAGCCACGCAAUCGCUGGAUAUCUCGUGUCCAAAUAUGCAAAAGACGACUCCCUGUACCCUCAAGAACCUCAAUCGCGAGCCAUUAUCGACCAUAGAUUACAUUUCGACAGCGGUAUUCUGUUCCCAUCUUUGCGGUACACUGUUGCACCAAUAGUUUUCUUCGGUGCGAAGGAAAUUGCUUCAGACAACUUAGAGAAAAUAAAAAGCAGCUAUGAGUUUUCGGAGAAAUUCCUCACGAAACAGUGGAUGGCCGGAGAUGAGUUCACCAUUGCUGAUAUCUGCUGCUACGCUAGCCUCAGCAGUUUGAAUGAAAUUGUCCCUGUCGAUUCUGACAAAUAUCCCAACCUGGUAUCCUGGUUGCAGCGUUGUUCAGAAUUAGAGUUUUGCAAGAAAAAGAACGAAGCUGGCGCAAAGCAAUUGGGUGCCUUGGUACGAGGUAUGUUAGCGUGAAGAGAAACAAAUAAUUUUAAACGUCACGGACGCUGUGUUUGACGUAAUAUGAGUUCUUUUUAAAAUCACCUGGUUUGUAUCUUCGAAGUACAAAAGCACUAAUAGUUUAGGGUGUGUUCAACACAGUUCUUACGCUGGAAGAAAUGCUUUGUUUUUAUAUUUUACAUUAAUACUUUUUUAUUCAACAAAAACCACUUUUGAAACGCUUAAACGCCUAGCUCACUCUGGCUUAAAUUCAAGAAUCAAGCAUGUAUUAGGUUCGGUAUUUCAUCUAUUUAUCUAUUAUAUCCUGAUGAUUGUUUAAUAGCAGACUGUUAAGCAAAAAUGUCGAAAAAAUAAUAUAAUAUAAUAAAAAACGCUGUUGGUUAUACAAAUUGGUCCAAUUUUAUGUAUUCAACUAAUUAUUAAAUACGUCAGUCGGCAUUUGACAAUCU